UAUGUAAGGAAAAUAUAAUCAUAUGUGAUAAUAAAGAUAAUAAAGAUGAAUAGUAUUAUGAGUGAAAGUGGGUAAACUAAUAAAUGACGGAGGUAGUAAUUUCUAAAAAAAACAAAAAAAAAAAGCGAAAAAAAAACCACUGCCAGUCGCCAGACGCGUGAAGAUGAGGAAGAGAGAAAAAAACACGCUGAGACGAAGAGAGAGAUUGAGGAAGCGAGAAACUGAAAAGCGGAACCCUAAACUCGGCAGCGGAGGAACGACGACGACGAGCAGUGAGGAAGAGUAACGAAGUCACGAACUUCGAACGUCGAACUUCGAACUUCGAACGAAGGAGUCAGGAGCGGUGAGGAAGAGCCGAAGAGGAACGAAGCCACAAAGCGACGGAGUCAGGAGACGAAGCGAUGCCGCCACCCCCACCGCCCACGUACAUUCGCCGUUGCGGACCUCCCGAGACGCCCAGCACUCACUCACUCACUGUCACUUCAGUCAGUGUGUUGAUUAUUCAUAGCUAAUUGGGUAUCAUGGCAGACCGCAAGUAAUGGUGGUGGGGAUUAUAAGUAUGGCGACGACUAUCCCACAUUAUAAGGGAUUUACUCCUCAACCUCACAAUUACAGUUUUAAUCAACAUCAUUUCCUAACUAAGCAAUGUCGUUGCCGCCAUAGUAGUCAUACUUUUAUCUCUUGCAAUUUCAAGUGCACAAAACAUACUACUAUAUCACAAAAUCGGUGUAGCUCUUUUCAUAACUUAUUAGUUGCACACGAUUGUUCUGAAAACAAGUUUUUGAUUACUGAAUCGUCUGUUGAUGAGCUGAUUAAAGAGCUUACUUCAGAAAGACUCUAUAGUGAUGCUGUCAAGCUUUAUGUAGGUACGUUGAAUGAUGGUUCAAUCCCAAACGUCUUUCAUUCUUUCCCUGUUUUAGUUAAGGCUAUUGGCGGUCUUUGUGAUUUGAAAUUAACUAGGCAAGUUCAUGGGCAUUUGUUGAAGUUAGCUGUGAUCAAGUAUCUAUCCGUAGCAAAUUCGCUAUUAAGUACUUUUUGGAAAUGUGGUGCAAGUGAUGAUGCAAUAAAGCUGUUUAAGACAAUGCAGGAGAGGGAUUCAGUUUCAUGGAGCACUAUGAUAUCUGGGUUUCAUCAAGCAAGCUUGUAUAUUAAGUCAUUGGAAUGGUUUACACGCAUGGUUUGUGAAUCUGGAAUGUAUCCAAAUAGAGUAGCUUGCAUUUCAGCUCUUUCCUCAUGUACUUCAUCAAAGUCUUUAAUACAUGGGCAAGAAAUACAUGCAUUUCUGAUCAAAAGUGGGUGGGAUCUUGAUGAGUUUGUGUUGAGUGCAUUGCUUGAAUUUUAUAUGAAAUGUUGUUCUGUAAGGUAUGCAGAACAAAUUUUUGAGAGCAUUGCUAGGAGUGCAAGAGAAAAUACUGUGUUAUGGAAUAUUAUGAUUUUGGGGUAUGUGGAGAAUAAUUGUUACUCGCAGGCACUAUUUUCUUUCAUUGAAAUGAUGUUUGUAGGUGUUAAACCCGAUUCUUCCGCUACGGUGGCUGUUUUGGUCUUGUGCUCAGAGUCCUUAAAUCUAGCUUUCGGACAGCAAGUGCAUGCUCUUAUUGUCAAAACUGGUUUGGAGAAUGAUGUUCGAGUUGGAACCUCGCUGAUCGACAUGUACUAUAAAUGUGGCAGUUCUGGUUGUAGCUUAAAACUAUUUGACAGGUUUGAUAAUCAUAAUCUAGUCAUGUGGGGCACGGUUAUCACUAAUACCGCUCGAUGUGGUUAUUCGAGGAAAGCACUGGAUCUAUUUGUCACUGGAUUGGAGCAUGGAUAUCUGGAUUCUAUCAUAUUGUUAGCUGCAUUACGAGCAUGUUCAUCUCUAGCAGCUAACUCUGAAGGCAUGUUGAUUCAUGGAAUGGCAGUUAAGUUAGGAUUGGACCUUGAUACAUACAUUGGUAGUGCCUUAAUCGAUAUGUAUAUGAAAUGUCAAGAUAUUUUAUCUGCUGAAAAUGUCUUCCAGAUGUUACCUAUAAAAGAUGAAGUAUCUGAGAGUAGUCUGAUAUCUGGAUAUACUCACAAUGAAUACUGGGAUGAUGCAAUCAGAGCAUUUUGCGAGAUGCACAAUCAUCAAAUUAGACCUAAUGCAGUAAUAAUAUCAUGUCUACUAUCAAUUUGUUCUCGGGUUUUUUCAAAUUUACAGUGCAAAGAAAUCCAUGGCUAUGUUAUACGUAGAGGAUUGGAUAUUAGUAUGCUUGUGAACAAUUCAGUUGUAGUUGCCUACGCAAAAUGUGGAAACUUGGAAAGCUCAUGGAGAGUCUUUCAGGGGAUGGACAAGAGAGAUGAAGUUUCAUGGAAUUCAAUGUUGUUGGGGUUAAGCCUACAUGGUCAUGUGGAUGAAAUGCUUGUUUUGUUUGAUAAAAUGAGAACUAAUGGACUUGAACCUAACCAUCAAACUUUUACUGCGAUUCUUUCUGCAUGUAGCCAUACAGGAAGAGUUGCUGAGGGAUCUAAGUUUUUCAGAAUCAUGAAAGAAAAAUAUAUGCUUGAACCCAAACUUGAGCAGUAUACUUGCUUGGUUGACCUUUUAGGUCGUGCAGGCUAUUUAGACCAAGCAUACGACUUGAUUAUAGCUAUGCCACACACCCCAGAUGAUCGCAUUUGGGGAUCGUUGCUUGGGUCUUGUAGAAUUCACGGCGAUGAAAGGUUAGCAAAUGUUGUAGCUAGUCACCUUUUCGAGUUGAAUCCUGAUAGUAUUGGGUACCGUGUACUCCUUGCAAAUUUGUACGAGGAUUUGAAUAAACGGAAUGAAGUUGUGGAACAUAGAUCCAAAAUCAGAGAUAUGGGAUUGAAGAAAAGCCCUGGUUGUAGCUGGAUUGACGUUAAUAAUCAGAUUCAUGUCUUUACUGCGAGUGAUCAGACACAUGAUCAAGUAGAAGAUAUAUAUGAUAUGAUUAAAAGUUUGACCAUAGAGAUAAUAAGGGAUGGAUAUAUCCUGCAAUUGUAAUUUCAUGUAACUAUAUAUUUUAUUUUCCUCAAAAAAGCUUAGAUAUAUUUUUUUUAAAUUUUGUAUUUCAAUGUAGACCGUGAUUUGAGAUGGUGCAAUUGUUAUUUAUACGAGAAUCAAAAACUGGAAGGGUGAUAAGUUAUAUUUCUA